CGCCCGCCCGAGUUACUUCCCCGCCACCGCCCUCUGCUCCUCUGAUCUCUAUCCCUCUCCCCAAAUUCGACGCCGAGGCCCUCCCUGAGGCUCCCUCGCCUUCGUCCAGGCGUAGAGGAAUCUGAAGCCGAAGGGACACCUCCUUUCUCCAAUUCCCUUGGAGAAGGAGAGGAUCCACGGUUCUGGUCAUGUCCGUCGCUCUUCCCUCUUUCUUGCCUCCUCAAACUGGCGGGAAUUAGCGGGGUCCGCCGUCACUGCCUUCAUUCUCUCUAGAGGGCUAUCGGACGAAACGAUGCUGUUCCAGGUCGGUGGCCAGGGGACUCGGCCCACCUUUUUCGAGAUGGCCGCUACGCAGCAGCUCCCCUCCAGUCUCCGGGCUGCUCUCGCUUACUCCAUCGGGGUGCUGGCUCAGAGACAGCCGGUUUUACACAAGGUGUUGGACUACGAGGACGAGUUCUUCGCAUUGUUGAUGUUGGUUCUUGAUACCCACAGUUUGCGGACCACAGAUGCUUCUUUCGCCGAGUCGUUGUAUGGUUUGCGCAGAAAGGCUGUGAAGAUAUCGACCAGGGGAAAAGAUGUUUUGCCUGUUGGUUCGCGCGAUGGAGUUAAACAUGCUGGACUUGAAAGACACCAAAAAGUUCUUUCCCUCGCAUUUCUGGUUGUUCUACCAUAUGUGAAGUCAAAGUUGCAUCUAGUGUAUACAAGACAAAGGAAUGCAUCACUUCAAGCCACGCUAUGGGGGCAAGGUGAUGUAGGUGCGGAUGAUGUGGAUCAUCUUCUGCAAGAACAGUUUCACCUUGAAACUGAAAAUGUAGACUCAGGACAUUCAGAUUCAGUAAGCGGGGUCACCAGGUUGAAAAAAAUUGUGGCUUCCCUAUAUCCAUGGUUACAUGCAGUCAAUGAAGGCUUCUCAUUUGCUUAUCAACUAUUAUAUCUGUUGGAUGCCACUGGCUUCUACACGCCUGCGCUGCAUAUACUUGGUAUUCAUGUGUGUCGCGCAACAGGCCAGGAACUGAUGGAUUCAUCUUCAAGAAUUGCAAGAAGCAGAACUAACGAGUAUCAAAGGCUACGUGGUCCUGCUUGGCUCAAGACUAUCCAGAAAAUAGUGCUUUCCUCUGUAUAUGCUGCCCUGGAUUACGCUCAGACUGGACUAAUAGCCUCUGUGUUCUUUUUCAAAAUGAUGGAAUGGUGGUACCAGUCUGCUGAAGAGAGAAUGUCUGCUCCAACUGUGUAUCCUCCUCCGCCACCACCACCACCACCAAAGGUUGCCGAAGGAGGGAUUUCCUUGCCACCAGAUAGGUCUCUGUGUCCUUUGUGCACACAGAAGCGCGCAAAUCCAUCUGUAGUUUCAGUCUCAGGGUUUGUCUUCUGCUAUGCAUGCAUAUUUAAGUACGUUUCCCAGUAUAAGCGAUGUCCCAUUACGUUGAUGCCCGUGAAUAUUGAUCAGAUAAGGAGGCUCUUUCAUGACGCCUAGAAAUUGUGUAGAUGGUACGAGUCGAAGCAGAGCAUGCUGAUCCUAGGGCAGGUUCCUUUGUGGGCCUCCCAAACACUCAUUUAGCUAUAUUCAUUAGCACGUGCCAAUGAAAUUCUUCCAAUAUUUCCUUAUUUUAUACCGGGGAAAUGUGAUGUGAUAUAUUGGUUUCAAAUUUUGUUCCCCGACUUAACAAAAAGCAUGAGUUUAACAUGCACUGAAAGUAAGCAACUCGUGGCCUUUA